AUGAAACCUAAAGGUUUUAUUCACCUGCUAUGCCAUCUCCCCUCUUAUUUAUUGCUAUGCUCAAUCCAACUUCAACUCCUAGCCAUCUCAAAGAUCUUGGGUAGCCAUGCGAAUCAGGAGUCGAGAAAAAGUGAUUUGAGAACAUCAACGCAACUGAAAACAUUGUUCGGUCCUCCGGCCCAUUUGUUGAGGCUGCAGAGGCGGCUGGCGAGUCGCAGAGCCAUCAGGGGGGACACCUGGGACAUGUGCCGCAGUAGUCGUGAGUCCCGAGAUCGUUUGCUUUGCAACAGGCAGUACAACAACUGUUGA